AUGAUAAGCGAAACAAGUGCAAGAAAUGGAUCUCCUUUCACAGCAAUUCAAUGGCAAGAACUUGAACAUCAAGCUCUUAUCUUUAAAUACCUGGUCUCAGGGAGCCCCAUCCCACCUGAUCUCAUUUACUCUGUCGGAAGAAGCCUUGACUCUUCAAUGUCUUCUUCUUCUUCUUCUUCUUCUUCAAGGCUCUUCCCCUUCCAUCCAAUUGGAUGGGGAUGCCUAGAAAUGGGAUAUGGCAGAAAAGUAGACCCAGAGCCAGGAAGGUGCAGAAGAACAGAUGGCAAGAAAUGGAGAUGCUCAAAAGAAGCCUAUCCGGACUCAAAAUACUGUGAGAGGCACAUGCACAGGGGGAAAAACCGUUCAAGAAAGCCUGUGGAAAUUUCUUCAACAGCAACAACAGGCAUUUCAACAAACACAUCACAGCCAAUCUCUUCACCGUAUAGCAACAGAAGCCUUACCAUGAGCAAUGCCAAUCCACCGUCAACAACUUCUUUCCCUUUCUCUCUAUUGCCCUCUUCUGUGCCCUCCGAUACCCAACCUUAUUCCCAUGUUUACCAAAAUUCUUCUCUUAAUCCCUUGUACUACACCCAUUCAACCUCAUGUAAACCUCUUGAUUCUGAUUUUCCUUCUCCAAAAAGCAAUGCCCACCGGCUAUUUUUGGACUCUGGACCUUAUUCUAGGGAUGAGGACUAUAGGCAUACUCAUGGAAUGAGGGAAGGUGUGGAUGAGAGAGCUUUCUUUCCAGAAGCCUCGGGGAGUGUUAGGAGCUUUCCUGAUUCAUAUCAACAAUUACCAUUGAGCUCCUGUAAGUCUUAUUCAAACUCCCAGUUCCAUAACAUGAAUGAUAAUCCAACUCCAAGACAGCAAGAAGAGCAACAUUGCUUUGUCAUGGAAAGAGACUUCAACUCACCGGGGCAAAUAAAACAAGAGAAUGAAACCGAGAUGACCCAGAGAUCCCUUCAUCAUUUCUUUGGUGAAUGGCCUCCAAAGAACACAGAUUCCUGGCUUGAUCUCGCUUCAAAUUCCAGAAUCCCCUCUGAUGAAUGAUAAGACUCAUUAGAGAAUUGCUGCAGAUAAAAGAACUUAUUAUGGCUGGGGUAGCUUUCUUUUGCCAAAGAGUGGUCUUUGUUGAGUAGGGGGCCACAGUAAGAGGAUCUGUCAUCUGUGUCUGUACUUUUCGUGAUAUUUAUAUGUUUCUUUCUUUCUUCUCCUUGAAGGGAAAAAGGUUGUCUCAGAUUUGCACAGUUUGUUGUUUGACUGGAAAGCAUAGUGUUGUUACCCCGCGGUCUCUACUUUGAUAAUAGCUUCUGCUUCUUCUGAAUAUGUCUUUGGACCAACAGAGAACAUGUGCAAUGAAUCAUCAGUAACUUGUACCAACACUGUGAGGGAUACACUA